AUCCAUUUUUUUUCUAAAUUUGUUUCAUUUUUGAAAUCCAAGAAAAAAAAUAAAAUGAAAAUCAAACAUUUUUGUUUAUUGUUUAUCGUUUUUAUCCUAUUCACUUGUGAAAUUUCAAUGUUACCAACAUCAUUAUCAUCAAUAUUUGAAUCAGCAUCAAAUUCUGAAUCAUCUGAAUUUAAUAUCCAACCCAAAUUACCGAUAAUGGAUAGAUCAAUAAAGAUGCCAAUAUUAGUUGAAUCAACAUAUUUGGUUGGUUUUUUAUUUGAUAAAACAUUAACCGUAUUAGAAUUAUUUUAUAAUACACAUAGUAUAUAUGAUUGUGCUAUAUUUGAUUUAAGCAUACCUGAACGUAAAAAACAAUCAAAAAUUUAUAUAAAAAAAUAUGGUAAAAAUAAAACCUAUUCAAAACAUAAAAUUGAUUAUAAUCUAAUGAUAUUAGUUAUACAUUCAUGUACAUUAUAUUCAUUAAAAACAUAUUCAAGAUUGUUACAUAUUAAAAUGGAUAAUGGUAGUAAAUAUUUUAGUGAAAAUGAUAUGAAAAAAGAUGAUAAUUUUAUUGAUUUUAUAGCACCGAAAACUAAAUGGUGUGGUGUUGCCGAUAUAGCCGAAAAUUAUUGGGAUCUUGGUAGUGAACCAUUAGUUGAUCUUUGUUGUAGAGAACAUGAUCAUUGUCCAUUAAAUAUUGAAUCAAAAAAAUCUAAACAUGGCUUACAUAAUGGUGGUAUGAUAACAGUAUCAUUUUGUUUAUGUGAUCAAUUUUUAUAUGAUUGUUUACAUAGACAUAAAGGUUUACAUUAUGAAGAUGUUAUUCGAGAAUUAUAUUUUUUACGUUUUAAUAUUGAUUGUAUUGAAUCAAUUGAUUGUUAUGCUGAAUGGAAACGUGAUAAUGGUAAAUGGAAAUUAUUAAAUUAUGAAAAAUUAUUAAAAAAACCAUGUAUGAAAAAAUUUCGUUUAACAACAUUUACUGAUUAUCAGAAUACAUUAUUAAUUACAAAAUAUAAUGAUUAUAAUGAAACACUUAAUGAUGAACAUGAAAUGAAUGAAACAAAUGUUACAAAAGAUGAAAUUAAUAACAACAUAUUUCGAUCGUCAAAUACAAGCAAAUGA